UUAGUGAAGUGAGAUACAACCAAGCACAAGAGAUAAAAAAAAAUGGCUAGUAUUUCAGGCACCAUAAUUAGUACCUCCUUCAUGCCAAGAAAACCAGUUGUGACGAGCUUCAAGGCAUUUCCAGCUAUCCUUGGGGUUAAAUAUGCAAAUGGUGGCAAAAUAACUUGUAUGGCUACAUACAAAGUGAAACUUAUCACACCUUCAGGAGCUGUAGAAUUUGAUUGUCCAGAUGAUGUGUAUAUUCUUGAUCAAGCUGAGGAAGAAGGACAUGAAAUUCCUUAUUCAUGCAGGGCAGGUUCUUGCUCAUCUUGUGCUGGUAAAAUUGUAUCUGGAAGUGUUGAUCAAUCUGAUGGAAACUUUCUUGAUGAUGAACAAAUAAGUAGUGGAUAUGUGUUAACUUGUGUUGCCUAUCCACAGUCUGAUGUUACCAUUGAAACUCACAAAGAGGAAGAACUCACAAGCUGAACUAAAUUUGGAGAAAAUUUUAUGUUUAUAAUGUGCUAAAGUUUAUAGUAUAUGUGAGUGUGAUUUUCUUCCAUUAUAAUGUGUAUAAUUGUCUGUUUUGUAGAUUUGUUUGUCGCUCGUUCGACAGAAUUUGGCUCGGUAAAAAGAGCUCGUUUUUAUUAAAUGUUCCACAAAUGUUUUUCUGAAUUUUAAACAUAUUACAUUAAUGUUUAAUUUUAUGUAUUCAUUUGG